GGAGCUUUGCAAUUAAGCCUUCUUUUUCAUUCCCUUUCAAAGAAAUACCCAUUUGCUAUUUCUCUCUCUAAAGCCACUAGUUUUCUUUUUUCUCUCUCUAGCUGUUCUUCAAAAGCUUGUAUCUUUUACUUCUUGGGUUUUUCCUUGGACCAUUAAACAGUGACAGUACAUAUCCGUUUGGCUGAGCCGAAUCACAGAGAGGGUUUGAACUUUGAACAGAGCCAUUAGCCACCAAAAUUCAAGGAAAUUUUUGCCCUCAGUGAAAAAGCUUCAACAUGGUGUACAGUACAGACUACAGAGUACUAAAAGUAGUACAGAGUCUGAUAUGGGUAUCUUCCACUUCCCACUUUUAGUUGGGUCUUUCUCUGUUUCAGAGCUGGGGGUUCUGUUACUCUGUCUAGGGUUUUCGCUGCACAGUUUGAAUGAACAUUAAUGAUACUGAUAUCAAUGCUUCUGCUUAAUUAACUGCUUCUGAAUACUUUUUGAGAUCUUUAUUGAACUGGGCUUGUGUUUUCCUUGUCAUUGGGGACUUCUAUAGUGUAAUUUGGGAGGACUAUCACAAAUUCAGUGAUAGCUUUGGGAAUAGUGGUGGUUAUACUUGUUUGGCCUUUUGGUACAUAAUAUUGGUGCUUGGUUUUGUUUCAAUUCUCUACAAUUUGUGUCUUCAGCUGUUAGCUUGACUUCUAAAUGGUAGUCCUUGUUUUUGAGUGCAUUAGCUCCUGAAAUUGGACACCUUUGCAGUUUUUUUCGUUUUCUUUUUCAUUUUUGGUGAGUUUCAGAUUUUUGGGGGGUUUGGUUGAAACUUGUUUAUGCAGUUAUUGCUUCAGGAUGAGUUAAUAGGUUUCUAAGAAUUUAUUGCACUUUCUCCUUUUGGGUCUUUGAUCUUGCUAUUGAGGGAUUAGGGCUUUUUAUGAUAGUUAAUUCUUUGGUUUCAAUAUAUUGGGUUAUUAACUGAUUGGUCUGAGACAACUGUGAGUGAGAGAUAUCUGGUUCUGGCUACUUUUGUUACUGUUGUCAAAGAUAAUGGAUAUGGCUGGAAAGGAUAAUCUUGGAGCAGAAAAAGGGAAUGAUGAUCCUCUAAACUUCCAUUCACCUAAUAUGUCUUCAGACUGGCAAUUUAUUGGUGCCAAUCUUGCAAAUUCGUCGAUGGGUUCGAUUCCCACUGGCAAUCCCAUGGCAGCUUCUAAAGGAGAUUUAUUGGAAUCUUCUUCUUGUUCCUCUGCUUCCAUGGUGGACUCAUUUUGCCCUGCCAAUUGGGAACAGACCACCCAUUCACAAAACCUAGGUUUCUGUGAAAUUAAUGUUCAACAUGGUCCUAGCACUUCAAACAUGUUGGGAAUUAGAACAAGUGGUCUGGGCCCUAUAAGAACUGGUGCUGAGAGAACAGUUGGUAUUGGUUGGACUCCUCCAAAUGCAAUGUUAAAAGGAGGUCUGUUUUUGCCAACUGCUUCUGGGAUGCUUCCUCAGAGCUUAUCUCAAUUCCCAGCAGAUUCAGGGUUCAUUGAAAGAGCGGCUAGGUUCUCAUGUUUCAGUGCUGGGAACUUUGGUGAUAUGAUGAACCCUUUUAGCAUUCCGGAAUCUAUGAGUCCUUAUUCUAGGAGUAUGGCUUCAAUGCAAGGACCACACAGGGUUUUUUCAGGAGAGGGAUCUAAAACAGUAUCUGGUGAGCAGUAUCAGAAAAUUGAGAUUAACGUGACUGAAAAUCCUAAAGAUGUUGAGCAUGGUGCUAUUGAAGGAAGCCCACUUAAGAAUGAGAGAAAAACUGAAAGCUCUAUGGGGCCUCAUGAUGAACCAAAACGGUGUAGUGCUGUGUCAGGUAAUGAGUCUGAUGAAGCGGAAUUUAGUGGUGGUGGUCAAGAGGAGCAAUCAAUGCUUGAAGGUAGAGGUGGGGAACCUUCCACCAAGAGACUUGGGUCAAAGAAAAGGAAAAGAAGUGGUCAGGAUAAUGAGAUCGAUCAAGUCAAGGGAGCCACACAACAGCCAUCAGAAAUUCCAAAGGAUAAUGCUAAAAUUCAACAGCAAGGAAAUCAAAAUCUGGUUUCGGCUUCCAAUAGGCCCGGUGGAAAACAAGGAAAACAGGGGAUUGAAGCUUCAGAUUCACCAAAGGAUGAAUACAUACAUGUUAGAGCACGAAGGGGCCAGGCAACAAACAGCCACAGUCUUGCAGAAAGAGUGAGAAGGGAAAAGAUCAGUGAAAGAAUGAAGUUUCUUCAGGACCUUGUACCUGGUUGCAGCAAGGUCACUGGCAAGGCAGUUAUGCUGGAUGAGAUCAUUAACUAUGUGCAAUCUCUACAACGGCAAGUUGAGUUUCUGUCAAUGAAGCUUGCAACAGUUCAUCCACGGCUGGAUUUUAACAUUGAAGGGCUCCUCACAAAAGAUGUCCUUCAGUCACGCGCUGGUCCUUCAUCACUGGGUUUUCCACCUGAUAUGACUAUGCCUUAUAGUUUGUUACAUUCAUCUCACCCUGGAGUGAUCCACACAGUUCUUCCUGGGGUGGGAAACUCUUCAGAUGCUCUUCGCAGAACCAUUAAUUCCCAUGUGACAGCCAUGAGUGGAGAGUAUAAAGAGUCUACUUCUCAUGUACCUAAUGUGUGGGAGGAUGAGCUCCACAAUGUUAUCCAUAUGGACUUCAAUUCCGGUGCUACCAGUGCUCUGCUCAACGGCCAAGAUAUAAGAGGUAUUGUGAGUUUUCCCACGUGAACUUCUGAAACAGCCAAAGUCUAACCACAGAACUCUUCUGCAUUUUCAGUGUCUCUGCCACAAGACCAGAUGAAAGCUGAACACUGAUAGUUGUGUUAGUUUUUGCUAAUGCCAAGUUGCUCCUGUAUUGUUGCACCACUGUCUUCGGGGAAACAAUUGUCCACUUGUUGUGGCUGCUAGAUUGUGCUGUCACCACAUUCUUCCUUAAAGCUCCUUUUGUAUAAAAUUAUAUAAUAUUCAGCCAGAAAUGAGAGGAUUUGUGGAUUAUAGGAGGUAAGCCUCAAAGAAAAUGUAAGAGAAUCUGAAGUGGAGUGGGAUUUGUGAGAAGAUAACAGUUGAAACCAUGGUGGUGCUCUCCAGUCAAAGGGUGAAGACCCGCAGUUGUAUGCAUUAUGUUGAUCAAUGAGAAUCGAACUUUAUUCCUUUUGUUCAGUACAUUCUUUGAGUAUUAGUUAUGGUUUAUUUGGUUAGUCGACUAUAAAAGCAUUCUGGAGAGUCGAAGCUGAAGAAAUGUUUGUUCUUUAUUAUAUUCGGGUUGUUGUUAGUUACUAAAAUGUUAUGUAUCAUGUAUUAAUGCACCUCUGUAUCAAACAUGUUUGACAUUUUUCA